CGCUCCAGUCUGGGCCCGCGCUACAGCCCGGAGCAGCACGGGAGGGCUCCGGGAGGAGUGGGCAGACAGCGAGGGGGGCACGUACGCCAGGGGGCGCGCCAGUCCGAGGGGGUGAGCUGCCAGCAUAGGGGUAGCUUCACCUCUGGAAUUAGGGCUGCAAAGAAGAGGGGGUGCAAGCCAGUCCAACGCACAUCUGGAAGAAAGCAGGGGGGCCCAAGGGCGGUGGCGCCAGCCGAGAGGCGCGCAGGACGCACAUCUGGAACCAAGGAGCGGUCGUGCAGCUGGAUCCAGAAAGGAGCUCAGAACGCACAGCUGGGACUUAGGGGUGGGGUGGUGGGCUAGCACCUCGAACAGCUGCAAGAGAAGGAGAGGGCGUCCGCACAGCUGGACUAAGGCAGGGGGCGGGGCCCAGCGUAGACAGCUGGAAGUGGGAGGGGCGCUCCCCGCUGGGAGCCGGAGAAUGGAACUGUGAGCCUAAAAGAGAGGGGCAGGUGAAGGGGGCAGGGUGGUACCCCAAGAGGAAGGGGGAAGGAAGAUGCAGCUCACUCGCUGCUGCUUCGUGUUCCUGGUGCAGGGCAGCCUUUAUCUGGUCAUCUGUGGCCAAGAUGACUCCCCCCAUGGAUCUGAUGACCCUGAACAUGAUGAUGCUGAGGGACAACCUCGGUCCCGGGUGCCUCGGAAACGGGGACAUCUCUCCCCCAAGACCCGUCAGAUUACCAGCUCCACACUCCUUGGGCUGUUGGCUCCACCAGGGGAGUCAUGGGGGGAUCCAGGACAGCCCCCUGCCCAUACCCACCAUAAUGCCGCAUCUCCUGCCAAGCUGAAAAAAAUCUUUGGCUGGGGCGACUUCUAUUCCAACAUCAAGACAGUGGCACUGAAUCUACUGGUCACAGGGAAGAUUGUGGACCACGGCAAUGGUACCUUUAGUGUCCACUUCCAGCAUAAUGCCACUGGUCAAGGGAAUAUCUCAGUCAGCCUAGUACCCCCCAGCAAGGCUGUGGAGUUCCAUCAAGAGCAGCAGAUCUUCAUUGAAGCCAAAGCAUCCAAGAGUUUCAAUUGCCGGGUGGAGUGGGAGAAGGUGGAUCGGGGCCGGCGGACCUCCCUCUGCACUCAUGACCCUGCCAAAACCUGCUCCCGAGACCACACACAGAGCUCAGCCACCUGGAACUGCUCCAAGCCCUUCAAGGUCAUUUGUAUCUAUAUCGCCUUCUACAGCACAGAUUAUCGGCUAGUCCAGAAGGUGUGCCCAGACUACAACUACCAUAGUGAUGCCCCCUACUAUCCUUCUGGGUGAUGCCCUGGGUGGGUAGAGGGGAGGGCUUUCAGGGACCUUCCCUCUUUCCACCAGGGGCUGAAGGGGAUUGUACCACCAGAGGAAGAGGAGACCUAGGGGGGAUGGGGUAGGAAAGAGACUGGAUUUCCAGACAGGAAGGGAUAGUGGAAGCAGAAUUGUGGGGUAUGGUUAAAGUCAAGGAAGAAGGAAAAAGAAGAAAGCUUUGGAGUGGGAGCUAUUGAGUAACCUUAAUCAUGUGAAAAGGAGAAGGAAUGGGUUCUAGGUAACUGACCCUCACUGGAGACUAUGAGUCGUGGGUAGACAUUGAGUUCCAGAGGUCUGGGGAGAACAGGUUAGGGAAGCCUCUGGCAAAGAGCUUGUCAAAUAUCUCUAGGGAUCAAGUGAUAUAGAGGCACCUAGAACCUUAGUUCCUUGGCCACUGUACUCAAGAAGAGACAGACAUGAAAUGAUGGAUAUCUUCAGAGAAAAUAGUUGAAAGGGUUCAAGGAAGUUUGCAGUCAAGAAAAGGGCAUUUCCAAUAGCCUGAGUGGAAACACUGAAGAUGAAUUCAGGUCAGAACAAAGACAUCCUAGUGGUUGAGAAUUGUCAGCAUCUAGUCCUUGAAGGCCAGUCGAGUGAAAUGGGAGGGAUAAUCAUAAAUUGUCAAGGUCUCAGUUAAUGGAGCACAUCCCCCCCCCAAUCCCUCAUCCUCAAGAGCCACUCUGCCCUGCUAAUAAGGAUCCUCCCACUCUCAGACAUUGUUGAGAGGCAUACUCUGUGAUUCGAUAGGUUUUGCUAGGGUAUGGGAAGAGGAAAGUAUUCUAACCUCAGCAAAAGAUUCUCUGGGCACAGAUGGAAAGACAUUCAGACAUUGUACUGUUAAUGAUCUCUCCUACUCUGCCCCCCAAGGCCUCCUGAAUCCCCUCCUCUUGUAUUGGGUAUGUAUCCCCAAGGGAGCAAGCUGAGGAGGGAAGACACCUGAGUUCCCUCUGCAAACUUUGCUUCUUCCACCCCAGUUGGCUCUACGAGGUUGUCAGUUACUUGGGAAGAAGCAAGGCUGAAUGAGACAGAGGGCACCGGGUCUCUGUUUCAAAUGUUCUGUGGUGUCUAUAUUUGGGGGGAGGGGGAGGGUUAUGGGGGGAUGAAAGGGAGGGCAAAGGGAUGUCUUGUAAAAUUACCUUGAAUGUCAACUUCUGUUUGCAGAAUCAUGUUUUUGGAACAGAGAAUAAAGCAUUCCCAGGACUUGGGAAUCUUAGUUGUCUAAAUGGGAAAAAUGGCAUUUGCUUUACCAACUCCAUCCCCACAUCCUUUCUUUAUCCCUUUAUGCCCAUCUCA